AUGGUGUUUUACAUAGACUCUGGAUCUAAUAAUGAUGAUGUUACACUCCAAUGUCAGGCGCGGGAUUGUUUUCUCGUAUGCCGAAUUGAUUGCCGCCUCUACGCAACUGCCACGGAUAUUUUAUUGGUUUCAUUACCACCAGACAUGGCAAGAAGAAUGUCCUGCGGGGCCUGUAGAGCACAACGCAAGAAAUGCGCGGAAGAAUGUGUUUUGGCUCAACAUUUUCCUCCCGAUGAUCCGCUCAAAUUCGCCAUUGUGCAGAAGGUUUUUGGAACGAAAAAUAUCAUCAAGUUGCUUCAAGUUGUGGAAGCUGAUCAAAGAGGAGAUGCAGUGAGUAGCAUGCUGUAUGAAGCGAGUGCAAGGGUGAACGACCCCAUUUAUGGCUGUACAGCUGAAGUUUAUAAACUACAGAAGGAAAUUGCUGAGCUGAAAUCCCAAUUGGUAGCUAUACAUGCAGAGCUAAACUAUGUACGGUCUCAGUAUGGUAAGUUUGUAUUUCUCCUGGGCACUGGCUCUCUUGAUGAUUCAAACAGAUGCCAUAUCAAUACCAAGGGAAGUUACCAUCUAUGAGGAACUGAAUUCGUUGCUAUCAUGGGGACCUUAUGGAGAGUAUAGAUUUAAUAGACUCG